ACCAUGGAGGAAGCUCUCAACUACACCAUCGACCCAGCUUGUUUACAGGAGCCCCCGCUGUCCAUUGACGUGAUAAGACAGCUGGAUGUUUUUGGCGUCUGUCUGUACACGAUGCUGACCGCCAUGUCCUGCGUGUCUCUGCUGCUGUACCUGGAGCAGUGUGCUUACAUCUACAAAAAGAUGUCCUACCCCAAGAAGACCAUCCUCAUCUGGAUUAACGGAGCAGCACCGGUCAUUGCCACCAUGUCCUGUAUUGGGAUGUGGAUCCCGAAAGCAGUAAUGUUCACAGACAUGACCUCAAACUGCUAUUUUGCAGUUGUGGUGUACAAAGUCUUGUCUCUGCUGAUCGAGGAACUGGGCGGCAAAACCAUGUUUCUCCAGAGGUUUUCAGGCAAACCCUUUAAAAUCUCAACAGGACCUUGUUGCUGCUGCUGCCUCUGUUUACCCUGGGUGCCCAUGUCACGGCGGCUUCUGUUCUGGCUGAAGGUGGGCGCUCUUCAGUACGCCAUCCUGAAGACGGUGCUCUCCGUCCUCGCCAUCGCGUUGUGGACCAACGGCAUCUUUGAUCUCAGUGAUCUGGAGAUCACAGGCGCGGCCAUCUGGCUCAAUCCAUUCAUCGGAGUCCUCACCAUCAUCUCCCUCUGGCCUGUCGCCAUCAUGUUCAUGAACACCAAGGUGUACCUGCGCAGUGUGAAGAUUGUGCCCAAGUACGCCAUGUACCAACUGGUGCUGGUGUUGAGUCAGCUGCAGACGUCCAUCAUCAACAUCCUGGCGCUGGAUGGGACCAUCGCCUGCUCCCCUCCUUUCUCAUCCCAGGCUCGAGCGUCAAUGCUGAGUCAGCAGAUGAUGAUCAUGGAGAUGUUCAUCGUCACGCUGGUCACCCGCUUUUACUACCGCCGCACGUAUGAGCCAAUGCCGGAUCCUGAGAUGGAGAAGGAGAAGGAGGUGAGUCAGGCAGAGGAGGAGCAGCCAGAAGAGGAACAGCCUCCUGAAGAUGGCGUACUGUCUGCGGCCAGACACUCCAUUUCUUCCGCCUGCUCUGCGAAGUCCCUCGGCUUCCUCUCCAUGCUGAGGGGCGGACGGAGAGGAAGGGGCGACCGCAGAAGCCAGACAGUUUCCCAGCCUGCUCCUCGCCAGCGCCGCGGCCUGAAGGGUCUCUUUGGCAGCGUGAAGUUUCAUUCAAAGGACAAGGAGGGGAAGGAGGACACUCCCCCGAGCCCACUCCUCAUGUCAUCCCGUGCCAACAGUGUAGAAAUAAUCAAAGAGGACCUUACCCUCACCCCCAAAUCUCAGCCCCGGUCUCCAAACAACACAGACAGCGGUGAGACCAGAGCAUCGCAGGACGCCUCACCCACGUCCCAAACAGAGACAGUGAUUCCCAAGAAGACAGCGGAGACUGUGAGUAAACCCAGUGAGCAUGUGCGACCGCUCUCGCCUUCAGAAGCUCCCCUGGUUCCGGGAGAGACCAGCCUCAGCUCCUUGCUGGAAGACAUCUCCUCGCUCCUGACCUUUGACACCAUCUCAGGGGGCGGAGACAUCGUGGCUGAUGUGGAGGCUGAGUGGGGCAAAGCGAUGAAGUCCAUCACGACUGAAGCUCCGUCAUCGCCCACAUCCAGUGCACCCAAGCCCACCGUCGCCUCCACGCAGACCUCAGCGUCGGCCUCCACCCUCUCCGUCCAAACUCCGGUGACGAGGACCGUGUCAUCACCAGCCAAGCCGAGCACAAUCAUCACCACUUUAACCAAAACGUCCUCACUGACGACGCACUCCAGCUCGUACUCCUCUCCAGCCACGGAAAAUUUCACAACAAUAAAAUCCAUGCUGGCGACGACAACUUCCACAACUUCCCCUGUGAUGGUGAAAACCUCCACAGCUCCAAAAACAUCCUCCCCACUGUUAACAAUCAAAUCUGCACCCAGCAAUAGCUCUGCUACCACAGCAGCGCCCCCUACUGCCCAAGCCACGGCUCUCAAGACUCCCCCAGUUAGUCAGACUCUUACCUCGACAGCUAGCAAGCUCAAUUCGGAUACAUCAGUGCCUCCACCAAAGACCUCUUCAGUCAGCGAAUCUAGUCCGGUAACUCCUGUGGUUUCUCUCACCACAUCCUCAACUGUUAGCUUAGCCACAUCAACGCCAUCAUUUAGCAAACGUCAAGCUUCACUGAUGGGAGAGUCUCACUCUGUAGCAGCCUCAAGCAACGUCUCCACCCAACCCACUUCUUCGACUCCACCUUUAGCCUCUACAACUUUGAAAUCCAGCCCAGUGGACUUGUUUAGAACGGUUCCAAAUCUUAGCCCGACUUUGACCCAGGCUGAUACUUUCUCAAGCUCAAAACCUGCACCUUCUUUCGGUAACGUUUCAACACCCGCUCCUCCUCCUUCCAGUACGCCUGUGGUAGCACCUGCAGUAAAAGAAGCUCCAAAGCCAACCCCAAGCUUACCACCCCAAUCGAAACCACCCCCCCAAACUCCUGUUUCUGUACCGGAAACGCCCCGUCAGAACCAAGUGACUGAAGCUAAAGCUGCAUUUGUUGAUGGUUCCUUAGACCCCGCUAUUAGCAUCCCCAAUAAAGUCGCUCCCACCACGGUACAAAUCCCAAUUUCAGCACCUAGAGAUACUCCACAGCUCCCAGUGUCGCAACCUAAAGCUCUGCCUGAGCCAUGUCAAGCCUCAGUAGCGGUUAAUAAGGCGGGACAGGUGCAACCCUCGGUGAGCAGACCGCUAGCUAGUCCUCACAGCCCAGAUGCCCUGGGGUCCCAGACGCUGCCCUCUAAAACUCUGGACGUACAGGAAGCCCAGGCGAGCAGUCUCUCCAAAGAAAAGAAGACGCCACAAGGAAAGACUUCCGGCAUGAGCAAAAUCCCGGUAGUUGGGGGAGGACGAGCGGGAAAACCCCCGGUCAGAAACAGCCAAUCAUUUGAGGACGAGGCCAAUCGUGACCCGCCGACCCCAGUUCACGAAGAGGACAGGCCACAUUUCAACUCACAUGACACCACGGUCAAACACAGAAUUAGCGACGGCGAAGUGGCAAACUCGAAACAAGCCCCGGAGGAAAGUCGACAAGCAGCGAGGGCGGCCGCAACUUCCCCGCGUGACUCCAAGAUCCCGCUGAAACACGGCGCCUCGCAAAUCCCCACAGCAGCUCGCACCAAGAUACCUGUGUCCCGGGUCCCGGUCCGGAGGCCCGCCAAUAAACCUGCCGGUAGCACCCAGAUAAGAAAAUAGACUCUCUUCACCGCACUUUUCUUCCAGAACAUCCUUGAAAAUCUCUGCAUUUGGAUCCACUAAACAAGACGGCACACCUCCACACUUUGGUGCUGAGCUACAUGGACGCGCACUCAGGAAAGGUUGGGGUCCCACCUGAACACACAGAUGCAAACACAAGGUCACACACACACACACACAGACGGGGGCGAGUGCCUUUUUCAGGGUGCUCUUCCAACAAACACGGGCCGCUCUUUUCUAUUCACUUUUGUUAAUGCCUGCCUUUGUAGACUUCCGCUUCCUUUCCAGCAACUUUGAAUACUACUUUUUAUUUUUGUCUACAGAACACUAUAGCAGCAACAACAGUUACAUUCCAUAUUUCUCUCUGGAUGAACGUAGCAGAUUAAAUGUGCCAUUCAUAUUUGCACAAGUGUACAGAGCCUGCUUGUGAUAUAUCAUCAAUGUGAACUAUAUCUGUGGUGUCAGCAGAGGAAAUGGAGCAGCAGCGGUUCAGUUUAUACUCAGAGCGGAGGGUAAUAUCUGUGUAUAGUCCCAUCAGUGUUGUUAUGUUUGCUAUUUAAUCAAUAAAACUAUAUGGAAUUAGCAGAGGUCUGUCCCAAUGGUAUUUUUGAAAGCGUGUAGCAGCAGAUGUAGCGUAGCUGGCUACAGUCGCCCUCACAAGCUCACUGACCUGGAUACAGAUUGCAUGAAUGUCAAGUGAAACGGCCAAUAAGCUGUGACUUCAUCACGCGGCAGAAGUGUGUCAGCGCUAUUUUCAGCAUCGCAUUUGUUUAAAUUAAAGCGUCUGGAAGUGGCCGGGCUAAAAGCUGAAAGUUGGAAGAUUUGUGUGUGUGUGUGUGUGUGGCGCUGAUCAAAGUCAUGCGCUGUUAUUAUUAGAUAUCUGGCCGCUGUUAAGUCACAGAGAGCACAGAAGCGGCACAAAAAGAGGUUUGUCUGCGUCAGACAGCCAGAAGCUGCAGGUUCAAAAAAAGAGAGAGAGGCUCC